AUGGUGGGCCAAAAAGGAGGGUUCGAGGUGAAGGUGAGAAAGGAGGUGGUGGUGGCGGCGGCGGCGUUGCCAAUGCAGGAGCAUUGGCUGCCGCAGUCCAACCUCGACCUGCUCUUGCCGCCGGUGGACGUCGGGGUCUUCUUCUGCUACAAGAAGCCGGCGGCCGCAUUUGGGUGGAUGGUCAGUGUUUUGAAGAAGGCCUUGGCCCAGGUUCUAGUUUCUUACUACGCAUUCAGCGGCGAGAUUGUGAUCAACAGUGGGGGCGAGCCUGAGCUUAUCUGCAACAACCGGGGAGUCGACUUCACCGAAGCUUUCGCCGACGUCCGGCUUGAAGAUAUCAACUUCUACAAUCCCGACGAAAGCAUUGAAGCCAAGCUGGUGCCCAAGAAGAAGCAUGGCGUGCUCUCCGUCCAGGCCACGGAGCUCCAGUGCGGCGGCGCAGUGGUGGCGUGUUCAUUCGACCACAGGGUGGCGGACGCCUACUCCGCCAACAUGUUUCUAGUCUCAUGGGCGGAGAUGGCCCAGUCCAAGCCACUCUCACUUCUUCCAUCUUUCCGGCGUUCUAUACUCAGCCCUAGACGCCCUGCUGGAACCUAUCACCCCUCCAUUGACGAGAUGUACGUGCCCAUCUCCGCCCUGCCGCCUCCCAAACAGCGCCGCCCCGACUCCGAACUGCUGAUCAGCCGCAUCUACUACGUCGAGUCUGGCCAGCUGAAUCAUCUCCAGUCACUCGCCUCCGACUCCUGCGCCGGAAAGAAACGCACCAAGCUCGAGGCCUUCAGCGCCUUCCUGUGGAAGAUCGUGGCCGGACGAGAAACUCAACCGGACGGGACUUGCAGCAUGGGCAUUGUGGUUGACGGCAGGACGAGAUUGAGCACCAUUGAAGGUUAUUUUGGGAACGUUUUGUCGAUUCCGUUCGGGAAGAAAAGCGCCGGCGAGCUCAGGGGGAAAGAUCUGAGCUGGGUGGCGAAUGCAGUUCAUGAGUUUCUGGAAGAAGCCGUGAGCAAGGAGCAUUUCCUGGACCUGAUAGACUGGGUGGAGGCUCACCGGCCGGAACCGGGGCUUUCGAGGAUUUACGCCGCAGGGGGAGGGCCGGCUUUCGUGGUGUCGUCGGGGCAGCGGUUUCCGGUGGGGAAGGUGGAUUUCGGGUGGGGAAGGCCGGCGUUGGGGUCGUACCACUUCCCUUGGGGCGGAGACGCCGGAUAUGUGAUGCCGAUGCCUAGUCCGGCGGGGAACGGCGACUGGCUUGUGUACAUGCACCUGCUGGAGGGGCAGCUGGAGACGGUGGAGGCUCAGGCGGGUCAUGUGUUCAAGCCAUUGACGUUUGAGUAUCUCAGCCACUGA